UUCAUAGGUUAUAAUGAAAAUGUCUACUAAGGUCACACUAAGAACUAAAUAAAAUUCCUCACUGAGUGAGGUUGUAUUUUUGAACUGCUUAAUUAAAGGUAAUAUUUAAACUAUUCAAUACGUAAUAUAUAAUUAUCUAAAAUUUAAUAAAGUCGUUCAAAUGUGUUGUUUUUAUGGGAUAUUCAGCUAUUAACGAAUGACACGGUCAUGGUUCAGUCAAGUCCAAGUGAUGUGUAAGUUACUGUAAGUGUAAGUGUGGGCCUACCUACAGCCUACAGCCUACCUAGGGACAAGUUCAAGUAGGGACUGGGCCUGACUGGGGACCUACAAGUCUUUACCUGCCUGCUCACUGCUACUAAACUAAAGUUACUAAAGUUUAACGUAAUAACUUUAACUUAAUACAAGUAUAAGCCAUAAUGAGAAGUGGGUCUACUAAUUUGUUACUUUUGUCAUUUAAAUCAUCAUAAUUAGCCUACAACGAGCCUACAUUGAAUUUGAAUGCUUGGUAGAUUUGGAGAGAUAACACCGCAUUCUUUACCAUCGCCGCCGUCUUGGUUGCCGCAAACUUUGUUGCCGCAAACUUUUACGUUUUCACAGGUCGCCGCAACCAAGAUGGCGGCCGUGGAAAAUUAAAAUAACGCACGUUUGCUAAAAUUAGGAAGAAAACGUUAAAAAGUUUUGAAAAAAAUGUCCUAAAUGUAUCCCUUAACCUAACCUGAACCCUAAGGCCCCAAUCGGAACCAAGGUUUUGACCCUAUCGGAACCAGAGUUUUGACCCUAUUGGAACCAGCGUUUUGAACCUAUCAGAACCAUAGUUUGGACGCUAUCGCCUAUCGGAACCAGAGUUUUGACCCUAUCGGAACCAGGGUUUUGACCCUAUCGGAACCAGGGUUUUGACCCUAUGGGAACCAGUCUUUUGACCCUAAAAAUGAGGAAAAUGAAGAAAAACAACAAAAAUGGCCAAAUAUAAUUAUAAAAUAAAUAAAUAAUGAAAACCAGAACUUACAGUUUCAUGGAAUACACUUUUACACACUUUAUUUCAGGUUCCACCUAAAAUAAUAUCCACAAAAUGAAUGAAAUACCACGAGGUAAUACUAUAAAGCCAGUAUAAAGAUGGCGGAACACAAAAAAAUAUUAUAAUUGGCCAACCAAUGAAAUUUUAAAAUUAUAAAGUAAUCAAAUAAUAAAAAAAUUAAUUAAAACAUGUCAUCGUCAUAUUAAUGAAAAUGUAAGUCUAGUAACAAAAAAAUAAGGGAAGUGAAUCCAAAACAGCAACUUAAUAAAACACGCAAAUGACGUAAAAUUAGUUGAAUAUUUGAUUUACGGAAAAUUUUAGCCAACCACUACUACUAAAUGUAUUCACUAUGCCACAGUGAAUUCAGUAUCAUUCAGGCCAGUAUCAACUGUAGUCUAACUUAGUAACUGAAAACAUAUUAAAAAAUGGGCCACCUCCAGAGGAAUGCAACCUACAACUGUAGCCAUCAACUAUGUUUAAUUGAUAUACCGGGUAAGUAUAAGUAAGUAUAAAUUUAAAGGCUGAAUUAUGGCACAUGAAAUUAGGGGCAUUGCAAGGAUAAAUAGUGUCCAUGUCAAGAUCUAAAACUGUACCUUGAAAACAAGUUUUAAAAUGUCUUUGUCCAGCUCUCCAAAUUUGCAUAGCCACUCCACUUUUGUUUUCAAGCUGACCCACAUCACAUUCUGUGUAUGGUAUUGCGCCACACCCUAGAUAGGCAUCUGCAUAAAAUAGUUGAGAACACCUCUACUUGCCUGGUAGUGGAUCUUGAGGGGGUGGGGGGAAUGGUGCGACUAUAAAUUUUUUAAGUUGAUAUUUUUAACCAAUAAUUUAAAAACUUAAUUAAUAUCCCUAUAGCCUAUGCCUAUAGAUGAUAGAUGCUCUAGGCCAGCAGUCCUCAGAGUACUGCCUGCAGGCUAGAUCCCUCUCCCCCCAGGGGUCCUUAACUUGGCCCACUCAUCUCAUUAGUCAAAUGCACGCCCAUACCCCACAAUUAAAUACUAUUAUUAAGUUUAUGUUGAUUGAGAUAUUAUAGGAAUUUUUUUAUGUUUUAAUUUUCAAACUAUUUUUAGGACACUGAAUGGGUCUUUGUUAAAGAGUUUGAGGACCCCUGCUUUAGGGGAUAUCUUUCCUAAUCGACAUGUGCAUUUAUAACAUUUAUAUCCUGUGAAUCAUUUUUUGUUUCACUUGGGUCAUUCGCUUUAUCAAUACUAAGCCCAAUAGUAGGAAUAAGCCUUAUAGUUUUUGUUGCAACCUACAUUUACUAUAUAUACUUUAAUAUAUUUUUUUAUGCUAGUUUGUGUCUGCUUAUUAUUAUGUCAACUGUGCAAGAUCUACAUUACAAAGGAUAAUGACAUAUGUCUUCAACUAUUGUUUAUAUAAUGUUCCUUAGGGGGAAUUUUUUAGCUAACUGUAGUUGUAUUUGGAAUGUCAAUAAAAGACCUGUGUUUUGAAUAGUAAAUUUAUUUUGUCUAAAAUUGAUGCUCUGCAUACACCGCUAUCCAUCAAAUCAGCUCCACCCGCCACUACCUCACUGUUAGUGCAACAAAAGCCCUAGUCUAUGCUCUUGUUCUCUCUCGUCUUGACUAUUGCAACUCUCGUCUGUAAGGCUCACCAAAACACUUCUUAGAAAAAUUACAAAAGGUUCAAAACUCAGCUGCUAGACUAGUUCUAAAGGCAAAACAACCUGAUCACGUCACAUCACUACUUUACUCACUUCAUUGGCUCCCUGUACAAGCACGGAUUGACUACAAACUCUCUGUUCUCUGCCACAACUUUUUCUCAAAUUCCUCCCCUUCCUAUCUUACUGAACUUCUUUCUGUCUAUUCACCCCUACGACAGCUUCGCUCCUCCGCUGAAGCACUUAUUCUUUCUGUCCCCAAGACUGGCACAAAAAAAUAUGAUGAACAAUCUUUCUCUUUCUGUGCCCCCAAACAAUUGAAUUCUCUCCCAUUACACAUCCCCAAUAUACUGACCAUCACUGCCUUCAAAACUGCACUCAAAACACAUCUUUUUAAACUCUACUAUCCUGACUGAUUCCCACCUCUAACCGAAAAAUGAUGACUCUGGGUGCUGUCCAUGCCUUGACAUGUAAAUAGUUUUAAAUAUAAAUUUGUUUUGUUUUAUUUAAUUAAUGUAUGCAAUUUAAUUUUUUAAGUUCAUGAUUAUGUUUGCUAAAUUGUGUGUACAGCACGGUGAGCCCAGCCCUAGGCUGGGUACCACGCUAUAUAAAACCACUUAUAAUAAUAAUAAUACUGAUGUAAAUGUAUUUUAUUAGUGAGACAAUCUGAGGCUUUCUUACGAGUCAAAUUAAUCUGAUUAUGUUUAUUUUCACAUCUACACCUAAUCAUUACUAACAUUACUGAACUGAAAAUGAUAUUUUUUAUUUAUUUCAGGCCAUGGAUUGGAAGGCUGUUAUAUGAAAUUCAUGAUUUUUAAGCUAGUUAGCUGAAUAGUCCCUGGCAGUUGUUGCUGGGGCUCCAAGAAUAGGUAUUUAUUUAUGUGUGGAAGUCUGUUCCCUUUUUAGUUUUCAUGUCUACUUGUCAACCUCCUGCGCGUCUGCUAAUAAACCUCUGGAGAUAUAAUUAGUGAAAUUAGUUUCACUGUAUAAAAUAAAAUAUAUAUAAUCAUUUAACAGAAAAAUAAAGUGACUGGUAGAUAGGCCUAAGAUAUUUAUGUCAACAGAAAUAUAAAAUAAAAACCACAAAUAUAAGUUGAUUUCACAAAUUUGUGUAAAGCAGAAAAAUAUAUUUUUUUUAUGCUAGUUUGUGUCUGCUUAUUAUUAUGUCAACUGUACAAGAACUACAUUAUAAAGGAUAAUGACAUAAUAUGUCUUCAAUUAUUGUUUAUAUAAUAUUCCUUAGGGGGAGCUCUUUAGCUAACUGUAGAUAUAUUUGGAUUGUCAAUAAAAGGCCUGAGUGUUGAACAGUAAAUUUAUUUUGUCUAAAAUUUAUUAUAAAUCUGAUUAUUCAUUUUUUAAAAUUUUAAUUCAGGAAAUUCAUAGCAUAAAUGCAUUUUAAAAUGAGACUACUCUUAAAGCUGUUAUGUUUGGAGUUCAGGGUGUCAGAUACUUCUAGAUGGGAGUUUGAACUAUAGUUAUCUAUAUAAUUUUAGAUGUCCUACAACAGUGUUUCCCAAACUUUAAAGUUUGGUUGACACGUUUUGAAAUGGCAUCUUUUUAUUCAACCAUAAAUAAUCAUGUUGUGCAGACCAACAACAUAAGGCUCGUGGACCAGUGUUGCUCUGUGGACCACCAUUUGAGAAACACUGUCCUACAAUUUAGAGAUGUAUUAUAAUUCAUAAAUAUUUAUUUUUCUUAAAUUAUUAUUGAAAAGAAUUUAUUAUUCAAAAGUAUAUCACAAUCUCUCCAUCUUUUCUUUUUCCCCAAUCACAUUCAACCUGUCUAGAGGACAGCAGACGGAAAAGCAUUGCAAUGCACCUAGAGAGAAAUGGGUCCAGAUCGCAGUCUAGAACUAGAACUAGAACAGUCCAAGUUCGUACCCUUGGUGGGUCAAAGUUUACCAGUCCGCCCAACCCUGGCUAGGGAGGGUGAAUUCCUUUGUGGUUGGGGUGCCGCAUUCAUCAACAUAUGUAUAACUUUUCCAGUCAACAAAGCCAUCUUCCGUCAACAGCUGCACGGCAUAUCAGGUGCACGGGCGGUCAAUCAGCUGCAGAAGGAUGGGCUGCGGUACUUGUAUAGGGGAUUACUGCCCCCUCUCUUGCAGAAAACUUCGUCCCUGUCCAUGAUGUUCGGUGGCUACUACUGGUCCCAAGAUGUCCUCCACGAAAAAUUUCCAUCAUUGAGCGUCUACAGUAACCACACAAUCGCCGCUUUGACAUCAGGGUCCCUAGAGGCUAUGUUCACCCCAUUUGAAAGGGUCCAAACAUUGAUGCAGACAGCCGCUUAUCACAACAGAUUCUCCAACACACUGGAUGCAUUCAAGCACCUCCGCAGCUAUGGCCUGAGGGAGUACUAUCGUGGCCUUAGUUUGAUUCUACUCCGGAAUGGCCCCAGCAAUGUAGCUUUUUUCCUUGGUAGAGAAUAUCUGCAAACAUGUGGACCAAUUUUCACAACAGGUAGUGAAAAGGUAUGUACUGGUAUAUAAUAAAGAGUUAAAAAAUUCAAGGUUUGUUUCACAUAGGUCAGCAGACAGUGGAAAUGUAUGUUUUAGAAAGGCCUGCUGAAUGUGAAAAGAUAUAUUUUAAAUAGACCAGAGACUUAGAAAAGGAAUGUUUAAAAUAGGUCAGCAUGCAGGGAAAAGGGACAACAUUUUCAGAGCUUAAAAAUUGUGGGACUAGUUUUAAAACCUUUUGUGUUGCUCAUGACUGAAUGCAGUAUUGAUAUAAUCAGUUGCAUGAAAGCUUCAAGGAAAUUAAAAAAUUGUUAACAGUAUCUGACACCAAAAAGUUUUUUUCUCAUAUGUUACUUGUUUGUUUGCAGAUGGUGAAAGACUUCCUGUGUGGUGCGUGCCUAGGGACAGUAAUCAGCACUUGUUUUUAUCCCCUCAAUGUUAUAAAAACACGAAUGCAGUGCAAGCUCGGUGGCAGCUUUGACAGCAUCUGGAGCACGUUCAAACUCCUGCUACAUGAGCGAGACAGAAACAUUCGAAGACUUUUCAAAGGUAUCCAUCUCAACUACAUGCGUUCUUUUGUAUCAUGGGGGAUAAUCAAUGCUUCCUUUGAGUUAUUGAUGCGGACAUUUUUCAGUCAAACAUCUGGCAUCAGUUGAGGAAUGUGUGACUUAGAUUACCAAGAUUUUUUCAUCAGUGGAAAAUGGUUGGCAACCAAAUAUUGUGCCUGUUUUAAAUUAGGAUCUGACUUGGGUGACGUGCAAAGUUAAGUUUUUUGACAAUCAAAAUAAGUGUCCAUCAGCAAAGUUAAAAUCUGUGUAAAAAGACAUUUUUUUAGAUGUUAUUCACUAAUAAUUUUAUUUUUUAACAUCGCUUGGAUUCUUGAAAAUAAUUUCUAGAUGAAGUAAUUAAUUUUAAAAGUUGUCUGUCUUAUUUAUGGUUCCAAAUAAAGUCAUUGACAUCUUCUUUCUUUGUUUACUCUUGUCCUCUAAAAAUAAAUACUUAAAUAAAUUAAUGUUUUGUUGUUGACAAAGAUAAUUUUAACAUUUCACCUGUAAUCAGACCUGUAAAUUUUUAAUGUUGUAUAAAAAAAAUAUUUUCUGACCUGUAACAGAUUUUCUUACAUUCAUUACAACUUGAAACUGCUAUAGUUUCAUUCAUUGUUGUCUCUUAUUUAUUUAUUAAUAUGCUUCAUUAGAUUAAAAAAAAUUUUUUUUUUUUUUUAUUUCCAAAGAACUCAUUGUAUAAUGAGAGAAUUUCUUGUUUUUUUCUUUAUUACCGUAUUCAAUAUUUUUUUUUUAACCAUAUAACUAAUUUAUGUGAUAUGCAGUUGCAGAUUGAUCCUUACAUCUCUCUGACCCUCCUUACUCAGUUAUUCCCAUAUUGUUAUUAAGUACUGUACUACUAUACACUACAGGAAAUAACAGACUUUAAAUGAUCUGGUUCUUAAACUACCUAAAGCUAAGGCCCUUACACAUACACACAAAGGCCCUUACAGACACAGCCUUCAUUUUUAAAAAAAAAAUGAAUCAUAAGGAAUGAAAUUUUUAAAUGAAAUCUCUGUAGAAUUAUUGAAUUCCUGGUGAAUAUUGCACAAAAAAAAUCUCUUUGCGAAAAAAAAUUUCUAUGUGCUUUCUUAAACUUGAACAUUUCAAAUUAUUAUUAACAAAGCUUGAGUGAUGGAAAAUUUUUGUUUCAUCUUUGAGUCCAAUAUUAACUCAAGUGUCGAAAUGGUGAGUAAUAAUAGUCUGUGCUUUGCUGCAUCGACUAGUACUGUUUGCGCUUCAUUGGAAGCAUCCUUCAUUUUUUUUCCAAAUUUAAAAAAUACUAUUGUUUUCGUUUGACUUAUUACUAAUUAUUAUACUCCUUACAAAUAAAUGUAAUUUAGCAAAUAAAUUUUGUAUAACGUUAUUUAAAUUUCACAAUUAUUCUAUAUUGACAUAAGUAAUGUACAGGUCAUUUGAUUAAAUCCUCUAUUCCUCCUUGAUACACAUAAGAAUAAAAUUACUUUGUCUGCCCAUGUGCUGGCUUCCUUAUUCCCCUGUCUGUCCAUGUGCUGCCUUCCUUAUUCCCCUGACUGUCCAUAUGUUGCCUUCCUUACUCCUCAAACUUUGAUGUUGAAAGUUUUAUGCAAUAUUGGAAUAAGCUGUUUACUUGUGCAUAAGUUCCAUUUAUUAUAUUUACAACUCUUACAUAUCUAAUCUAUUAUGAGAUUUACUUACAGACAUACAAACUAGAUUCUUUACUAACAACUAUUGCCUCAUACAUAAAACUGUUUGCCCACAACAGAAAACCUCCAGGUAACCAAUGGAAGAAAAGAUUAAACCAAGGCAUACAUCAUUUUUUCAGUUUAAUCAUUUUCCCGAUAAUCAAUUAUUUAUCCAUUAGCCACAAUGAAAUAUAAAUUAAAUUUAAAAAAAAAAACUUUUGCAUUUAUGUUGGUUUUUGGGAUUAUUUUAAAAUUGUUUAUUUUUGUUGAUGAAUAGUACAACAGAUUUCCUUUCAAGUUUUUAUAUGGAGACAGACAAAAAGAUUGGGAAUGAAUGGAAAUUUUACAGGGAAUCCAUGGCCUGUCACAUAGUGGUCAAUCAAAUCUUGAGCCACAGGUUCAAAGGUCGUGAAUAUUAUCCUUUGUAAACUUGCCCAGUUUAGGGAGCUGUUGGUUAUAUCAAAUGUGUGAUAAGUCUGAUAUCAGCCUUGAGUGUGUGGUGACUAAGAUUUUUUAGAUAUAUUUUCUUUAAUGUGUAUGACAACUAUAGAAUUGUGUGGUUUCUUGUCUUGGUUGAGUUUUAGAGGUGGGCUAUCCAUGUCUCUCUAUGAGGCCAUUAUUUUGGAGAAGCUGGGCUUGGGUAUCCAUGUCUCUCUAUGAGGCCAUUAUUUUGGAGAAGCUGGGCUUGGGUAUCCAUGUCUCUCUAUGAGGCCAUUAUUUUGGAGAAGCUGGGCUUUGGUAUCCAUGUCUCUCUAUGAGGCCAUUAUUUUGGAGAAGCUGGGCUUGGGUAUCCAUGAGGCCAUUAUUUUGGAGAAUCUCUUUAAAAAAGUGAGGUAUGGGGAGCAGUCAGGAUAUAUUUUUGUUCUUCAAAACCAAAAUAUUUCAACCAGAUCACUGAUGAAAUGCAAGCAAUAUUGAACAGACUUCUGCAAAUUAAUGGCCGGGUGUAACUGUUCAUAUCAAUUGAUUUACUGCUGUACGACCUAAGGUCACUGAGUGUGAGUGACGAGGUGCCACAGGGGAUUAAAUUUUAAAACUCUUGUUACAGGUAAAAUUAUAGCAACUUUUCUAUUUUCUCACUAGUGUUGUUUUUUCUUCACUCUUCAAGCAUUCUAAGAAAUCUUUUUAAAUAGCAUUGUAGGGAACAGAUACAAUAGUAAAGACACAUUUUGACCUGGUAAAGACAAUGUCGACCUAGUAAAGACACAUGUUGACCUGGUAAAGACAGGUGUUGACCAAUCAAAUCCACCUUAAUUGUCCUUUUAAAAUUUGAAUGUAGUUUAAGCAUGUUAUAACUUAAUUGUUUGAAAAUUAUGUAUAAUUUUUGAAUGAGAAAACAUACAAAUGCAACCGUGUCUUAUUAAAGAAACUGGUGAAUAUAUUGGGUGUGUUCAAUGUUUCACAAUAAUCCUCCUAAUAGAAUUAUUAUGACAGCAAAGACCUUGCACUUGAUAUGCAUGAUUGAUUGGCAGAAGUGUGUUGUUUAAUACUUGCUCUGAUGAAGUGACCUCUAUUGGAAAUGAUAAGCUACUGUUACAUUGUUGAUUGUUUCAUUGUUCUAUGACCUGACUUUUGUGCACCAUCAGCAGAAUAGUCAUUAUUCAUAGAUCACUGACUCUCACCUUAGUAGGCGCUGGCUUUUUGUGCCUGAUGUUUAGAUCUUGUAAUUGUUGUAAAACGUCUUGAGUUAAAUGUGCCUCUACACAAGUGAAAUUUACAUCUAAAAUUUAAUCUCUUGACCUGCAGUCUUCACAUGUAAACCACUUGUAGCAUUCACUAGCCUUUCUCCAUGGGACACACUUUGUUGAUGUCAACCCAAACCUGUUGCAAUAUGACACAUGCCUGUUAUUUAAUUAAUUUAUUACUCAAGCAUAGUAAACUUCAUUGAAAUAAAUAAUUCGUAAUAUAUGUUAAUUUAAUAUAUUUAUGUCAUUACAUAAUGCACUGGUUGUAUCAUGCACUUUAUGUAAAAUGUUAAAGGUUUGCUGUGAAAUGUGUACUUUAUUGUGUACAAGUUAAUUCUAACAUUAUCAAUGUUAUCUUAUUUGCACAUGUUAUCCUUUUAUUUAGUUCAGAAAAGAUUAUCUUAUAAUUGCAAAUAAAGAUGAUUGGACCGCUGCUGGUAAUAAAAGU